AUUUUCUUAUUUCACUCACCCAGCGAAACCGAAGAAAACUUUAUUGACAAAAAUGGAAGGCAUCACUGCUAGCGUGUACAAGGGUUUAAAGGAGUAUUGGGAGAGAAAAGGAUACCAAAGAAUAAGCGGGUCGGGUCGAAGAAGGCGAAUCAACCGGGUCAAACUUGGUACCAGCCAAACCCGAAAAGGUCGAUUCUGGAAGAUCAAGCUAUCACCCAAGAUCCGAGUUAACAGAAUCCCAUCUCCGAAGAAGAUGGUGAUUUGGGCUAGAGACGCGUACGUUAGAAUGAUGUUGGGUUUGGCAAACUCACGGGUCAUGACUAUGAGUGCUUCGGCCACCGGCUUCGGUGGUGGUGGGGUCCUGUCGAGUGACGUUGGGUUUAGAAGGGCCCCACCUAAAGAAUACGAUGAGAAGAUGAUUAUCCAGAUCUACAAAUCGAUUCUUACGACGCAUGGAAACUUAGAAGUUGAUUGUCGACAGUGACGGUAAGAGUAAUUAAUUAAGGAUGAUAAUAAAAGGCGAACCGCAAACUUGGUUUAGCCUUUAAAUUGUUGUGCUUUUCGGAUCACAAUGUUACAUCAACUUUUUAAAAUAUGCUUUUGUGUCAAUUUCUUCUUAUAUCCAAUUUUUUAUGUUUAGUUUGUUGUGUUAGUAUUGUGUUUAUUAUUUAGAUUCUUCUUGAUUGGUCUUGUUGGCCAUAAAUAACAUGUCAACGUCACCGCAAUAGAUAGGCGAAAUCUUGCAAAUGGAUCACCGUUAUUGUAGUUCA